CCUCCCUGGGUGGGUCCCUGGAGGCCACCUUGGAGCUGGAGAGGGAAGUGUGCUGGAGCCGAGUGGGCAGCUGUGGCCGGAAGCCUGGCGCUGCCCCUUGCGAGCUGUGGACAUGCCAUCUCGGGGCCUGGGCUUCCGGCGUGCGGCGUGGGAAGGGCAUAGCAGACCCAGGGGGCGGCAGUGCAAAGGCCCCGAGGGUCCUGGCGGCAGAGACCACGUCACAGCAGGAGCGGCUCCAGGCCAUCGCGGAGAAGAGAAAGAGGCAGGCGGAGAUCGAGAACACCCGGCGGCAGCUGGAGGACGACCGGAGGCAGCUGCAGCACCUGAAGUCCAAGGCCUUGCGGGAGCGGUGGCUGCUCGAGGGGACGCCGUCCUCGGCCUCGGACGGGGAUGAGGACAUGCGGAGACAGAUGCAGGAGGACCAGCAGAAGGCUCGGCUCCUGGAGGAGUCCAUCUCCAGGCUGGAGAAGGAGAUCGAGGUGCUGGAGAACAGGGACCCGCUCCCGGCCCCCGCCAAGGAGAACGCGGCCGCCAGAAGGGCCUCGCUGAGUCAGACCGUCCCUGGGCUCCUGCCCCUCGGGAGGGUCCCAGAGGUGAAGGUCCCUCGCCGUGGGACGCACGCCAGCAGCCCUGACUCCUCUCCUUCUUUCUUGCAGACCCCAGUGGGCACGCCCAAAGAGACGCGAAUCGCCAACACCCCCAUGAAGACGGCCGAAGGCUCCACGAUGAUGAAGGCAGCCAUGUACUCGGUGGAGAUCACGGUGGAGAAGGACAAGGUGACCGGGGAGACCCGGGUGCUGUCCAGCACCACCUUGCUCCCCCAGGAGCUGCUUCCUCAGGGCGUCAAGGUCUACGAGGACGAGACCAAAGUGGUCCACGCUGUGGACGGCACUGCAGAGAACGGCGUCCACCAGCUGAGCUCCUCCGAGGUGGACGAGCUCAUCCACAAGGCAGACGAGGUCACGCUGAGCGAGGCGGGGGCCGCAGCCGGGGCGGCAGAGACCCGGGGGACGGUGGAGGACAUGGGCAGGACCACGCCUUCCCGCCGGGAGAUCACAGGGGUGCAGGCCCAGCCCGGCGAGGCCACCUCGGGCCCGCCGGGCAUCCAGCCCGGCCAGGAGCCCCCGGUCACCAUGAUCUUCAUGGGCUACCAGAACGUGGAGGACGAGGCUGAGACCAAGAAGGUGCUGGGCCUGCAGGACACCAUCACGGCGGAGCUGGUGGUCAUUGAGGACGCUGCGGGGCCCAAGGAGCCAGCACCGCCCAACGGCAGCGCCGAGCCCCCCGCCCCCGCCCAGAUGGCACGAGGGCAGUCCCCAGGUCAUGGGGUCACUGAGAUGCCACUGAGGCCCUACGACUAUGGCCCCUCACCUGAGCCGCGCCUGUGA